GAUAAUGCUACACACGUACACAAUAACAUUAGCGAGACAUACGAAGCAAUGCAAGCGAAAGGAGGUCAGUUGUAAUUUUACUUCUCCAAGAUUUGCUUUGCAUAACGAGUAACCAAAGCUGUGCAACUACACCAUGCUGUAAUCAAAGAUACAAAAUGAAGAUAUCCAAAAACUGAAAUUCCUUCUAAAACUUUCACAAGUACAGUCACAAAAAUAUUGCAGCAAUGGAUAUACAGAAGCCUGUUUUAAUGGGUCGACUUAUCAUUUGGAGGCAGCUCGAAAAUAACAACUGGCACAGGAGGAAACUCCAUAAAUGCUGCAAGGCCAAGUAUAGGUCAGGCAAGGCUGCCAUGCUGACAAGUGCUGCAUACCUCAAUAUUGCCAGCGGCAGCAGUCUUCAGCAUGGACACAAACAAUUCACCUAUAUAAGUGCAAGAUUCAAGUCUUCUAAAUCACAGAAAGGUAAUACUAGGAAGGAGAAUGCCAUGUCCUUGGCAAGCCUAUAUCAUGCUGCUGGGUCUGUGAGCAACUCAGUACAGAGGAAGAUUGUGGAUGGAGUAUUCACCCCUGUCCUCUUGUACAGUUACCAGAUGUUACCCAAACUCUCUGCCAGAGAUCACAAGGUGUUAAGUGAAAAGAGGGACGACCAAGAAAACCAGAAUCUUCCACUUCAGAAUGAGAAGAUUGAAGUAAACCAAGUGCCAAAUAGAGGAGAUAUUGAACACCACACAAAACCUCAAAUUGCUACUCCUGCAAGUGUAGAGGAGAGACUAGAUGAAAGAAAACCUGUGGAAUUCCAGAUUCCUGAUUUAGAAAAGAAGGGUGCAACCUACUGGGUUGAGUUUCCGUCUCUGAAGAAGUAUGCAUCAGUUUCUGCUUUGACUGAAAUGGGCCUUUCUGCUACACGUGUACUCCAUCGGAAGAGGUUUGGAGAUGCUGUAGCAUCAGGGAACCAGCAUGCAAACAACAAACCUAUGCCAGAAAGCCAGCUUGAUUCAGAGCAUUAUCAAUCUGAGUCACACCCUUCAAAUUCAUCAGAGUGCAUAACAGACACUAAAGAUCCAAAACAGUUGAAUUUAGAUAUUGCAAGAUCUACCUCAAAAAUGCAGGAAAAUGUGCCACCAGCAGCUGAAUUUGUGCCCGAAAUUCCCCCUCUAUCAUCAAGUAAUGCAUAUAACAUCUUCAAAAAGUUGGGUUUUACAUCAUCAUCAUCUGCAGCUGUCAGUUCUCCAUCAAAUGAUAGAGAUCUAGAGAAAGAUAAAGCUACUAGUAAGAUUACUACGUCUAAUAAUCUUGAGAAUCCCCACACAUCGGUUGAAUAUAAGACAGACUCCUACACAACCCAAAGUGCAUCAUCUUCGAGUGUGCAGUCAGUAGAGACAGAUGAAACAGCCAAGCAACAACAAGGCAAUGCCUCCUAUAUUUACAACAACUACAACCUCAAGUACAUUCAGAUAAAUCUCUUCAGCUCACCAAACUGGCUCCUCUCAAGUUGGAGAAAGGAGAAACCUGUCGUACCUCUAUCUGCAAGCGAUGAGAACACAGCAUAUUUUGAUUCAGAUAUACCAUUAUUAGAGAUGACAGAUGCCUUGAAUAGCAAAGAUGCAUCAGGAGUUCCUGGAGAUAGCAAGAGUUAUGCUGCUGUUGCAGACAAGAUCAAGGAGGAGAGUGCAAAGCUAAAGGCAGCUGAGGCAGACAAGUCUGCAAGAAAGACAGUCAGACCAGUCAUAUCAAAAGCCAAUGUAGAUGCCAGGACCAAGUCUCUAGCCCUAGGAAUCAACACUGCCACCUCCAAUGCCUCCCGCCUCGUGAAGCUUGAGCGCCUAUGCGAUCACCUUGUCCAGUUCCCAGAGUCAAGGCAGGCUGCCAUACAGGAGAGGCUAAUACCAACACUCCUGAAGCACAAACAGAAGAUCAAAGACACUGACAUCCUUGCUCAAGUCCAUCAGCUGCUUGCUCAGCUGGGGUACGCCUCACCGGUCAAAAACAGGGGCGUAAGGAUUCUCUCUGUUGAUGGUGGAGGCUCAAGGGGUAUCAUUGCUAUUGAGAUCCUAAGAGAGCUAGAGAGACAGUCUGGCAAGCCUGUGCAUGAGAUGUUUGAUUACAUCAUUGGUGUGAGCUCAGGUGCUGUCUUAGUCUACCUCCUAGCCUAUGCCAAGGCCUCUCUGGAUGUAUGUGAACAGCUCUUUAAGGAGAUGAGUGUAGAGGUCUUCAAUAGGAACACACUACUUGGUACCAGCAAGCUGUUCUUUAGUCAUGCCUUCUAUGAUACAGAUGCUUGGAUGAAAAUCUUGAGGAGCCACAUGCAAGGUGUUGGACAAAGUCCAGCCAUUGAAAUGUCGCAGGAUCCAAAUUGUCCAAAGGUUGCUGCUCUAGCUACACUGAUGAAUGCAGGUCCCAUCAAGAACUACCUCUUCCGUAACUACAACCCACCUCCCAACACCACAUCCUUCUACCAAGGUUCAUCCAAGUACCAGCUUUGUGAGGGGCUCAGAGCUUCCUCAGCAGCUCCUGGAUACUUUGAAGAGUACAAACUUGAUGACCAUGUCUUUCAGGAUGGUGGUGUACUAACAAACAACCCAAGUGCUCUAGGCUUACAUGAGAGCAAGCUUCUUUGGCCAGACACACCCAUCCAGUGUGUGGUGUCACUAGGAACAGGGCGGUACGAUCCUAUGGAGGAAGGAUUAGAGUUACCUGAGUACAGCAGUCUCAAGAAGAAGCUCUACCAGAUCAUGAUCAGUGCUACAGACACAGAAUCUGUGCACACAACCCUCCAAGACUUGCUCCCAGCAGGAUCAUACUUCCGUUUCAACACCCUCAUGUCCGAAGACUUCCUACUGGAUGAGAAUCGUCCAGACAAGCUUGACCAGCUGCAGCAGGAGGCUCUAGACUUUGUAUCCAUCAAUGAACUCAGGAUCAUGCAAGCGGCCGGAGUACUGACCAGGGAGAAGUCCAGUCUUCAGAAAGCAACGGAUUGGGUCAAACUUCAGAAGGAUAUAUACCGAUGACCAGCUGCAGCACGAGGCGCUAGAUUUUGCAGUGAGUUGAGAAUCAUGCAAGUGGCUGGAGUACUAAACAUGAAGUUUCUUACAUCACAGACAUUGUUUAGCAGUUUGUGAGAGGUGCUUUAUGUUUCAGAAGAGUGGUUGACUCUCGAUGACUCAACAAGUUUAUUAAAUUUUCACCUCAUGAAAUUAUUUCUGGUGUUAAAUCAUUGGAAGCUAUUGCUUGACAAAUUUGACAAUCUUAAUGAUGAAGUUUACAAUCAAUGAUUUUUCAUAGAUUUAGGAAAUGAAUGAGGUUUGUUAGAAAUUUUCAAUCUUUAAGGUGAAUGAGGAGUGGACUUCUUUAUUAAAAAAUGAUAAAUGGGCUAGUGCUAAUUUGUUGUAAGAUGGUUUGGUGUAAUUUGAUACAUGCUAAUCCUCUGCACCAGUGACCUAAUGUCAUACCAGUGCAGACUCAGCAGCAUCCACACUCCAUGGAGAGCUUGUUUGAAUUUCAGGGCAUUUUACAAGGAAUUUAGAUGAUGAAUUAAGGCCAUGUAAACAUUACAGUAUUACAAUUUUCAUUACAUCACCAUAUACAGAGUUCUAUAUCCCUUUUACAACAAAAACAAAUAAUAGAUAAAAAGUGAAAGUUUGUCGCUGUGCAACUCAUGUAAGAUUUCAGCUUUUCAAAUGGUGUAAGUGCUUCAUUUUGUGAACUCACUCUGCACCUGUUAAUAAUUCAGUUUGAAAUCCAGUUGGUAAUAAGAUUACACAAAAGGCUAGUGUUUGAGAUGAAUUAUUAUGAUGAAUUGAUAUAUAAUUGAUAUGAUCUAUUGUGAAUGUUGUGACAUUUUGAUUGAAAGAAAAAAUCUUGACAUUUAUCAUACUUUCUAUUUGGUAAAGAUUUUUUUUUGUGUGUAAAAUAACCAUUUCUGGUCUUCUUUAUUUCCUCAUAAUAAUAUAAUCAUUUUCAAAUUUUCAGCAUUUGCCUCCAUUUCUGGAGGGAUUCUAUUUUGUAAAGAUAAAAAUGUCUUUUUGUUCAGCUGUGGAGCGUAAAAUUGGAUUUGGCAAAAGAAUAAAUGCUAAGAAAGGCUAUUUUAUUUCCAUGGACCAUUAAGUACAGUAUUACAUUUUUUGAACCAAUGCAUACAGGUAUGUUUAAUACCUUCUUCAGUCCAAUAACAAUGUACAAUCAUUUUCCAUUACUUAUCACCUCUAUUCCUCAACUGUGAUUGUGGAAUUUAUAAUGUUUCCACAGUCCAAAUCACAUUUGAGAGAUAUAUCAGAUUUGAAGUGUUCAGGUAUGUCAAGUGCAAUUGAGGAGUGUAUAUUUUCUUGUCAUAUGCUGCCAUUUUUGAAUUUCAUUGCCAUCCAUAUACAGCCUGUAAAGAAAAGUGGAGUAUUCUAAUCUAGUGUAGUCAUAGUACAUGUUCGAACCUGCUUUAGUAACCACCUGUCUACAAAGACCACAUUUUUUGUUUCCCUUGAAAAUGGUUUCUCAUUAAAACAUGUACUAUAGGCACCCGUACAUAAAAACCACCUGCCUAUAAAGACACCUUUCUUGUCUCCCUUGGGUGGUCUUUAUAGACAGGUUUCACUGUAUUAUAUUAGUCUGGAAAUGCCUUUUUUCAUGGAGAUACCGUUACAUAAUGCUGCAAUGGGUUUGCAAUAGAUGUUAAAAAGAUGAAAUGAGACUUCGGUGGUAAGCGCUUCAUACAGCCUGUAAGCAACGUUUUUAUUAUUAUUAUUAUAUUGUGUGUUUGGAGCUGGAAGGGCAUGAAUGCACUCUAUGUUAAAGUACCGGUAUACGUAUAUGAAUUAACAGUAAUACCCACCUGACACCAAACGGAUGAUUUGUGUAUUGGAAAUUGUUAUUUCCCCCCCCCCCCAAGACAUUUAUUUUUGCUGGUCACAACUGUGUCUUUAAAUGCAUGUUUAUACAUGUAGAAACUGCAAUCAUGCAUGCACAUAUAGAAGCUGCAAUCAUGCAUGUUAUUAUAUUACUUCAAUUUUAUUACAAAGGUUUGGAUGGUGCGUCUUUCCCAAAUCCAUUUCAUAUUAUUUUUAUGACUGUAGAAUAUGGGAGUUAGAUUUCCUAUUUAAACUGUGUACGUAUGUAUGUGUCCAUGUAUUAUUUGUGUAAAUGUAAACAAUAUGCAUAUUUGUAAAUUGUACAUGUGGAGAUUAAUGAGUGACUUCUUAUUCAACGUUUUGUGUGUGAACACAUGUAACUGAGUAUUAAACUGAUGCAUACAAUUUAAAAAAUUAAUGAUCUAUCAGGAACCAAGAUUUCUCCUUUAAUUUGAAAUAUAUUUUUUGAAAUUUUACCAGGAGGAAAAAUACGAUCUUAAGUACAGUGAAGAAUGUUUUAUUUUUUAAUUUGCACAUGCUGUGUACAAUCUGUAUUAAGUGAACAUAAAAGAAAAGGAAUAUUUUUCAUUACGUUGGUAAGUUUACAAAUUGAACCAUGGGGUAGUUUUGAGGUAUAGUACUUCCUGAUGACAUUUUUGCAAUUCAUCUGACUUCAUAUCAGUUAUUCUGUUUUAGAUACUACAUAUCAGAUUAAGCUACUGAUCUACUUAUAAGGGCAAAUAAAUAUAGAUAAUUCAUGACAAAAUGUAGUACUUCAAACAAACAAACAAACAGAGUUCAAUGUGUUGAAGAUGAAUUUCAAAAAUAUACAUUUUAUUGUGUUACAUAAUCUAUAAGAUUAAGAACAAUAAUACAAGUUUAUGUAUUGUUCUAUGUACAGUAAUUAAAACUCUUGUAAAAAUGAAUAUAGGAUGUUGAAUCAAACAUAUAAAAUAUGAUCAUUAUAAUUGA